AUGAACGCUACUUGUAAUAUUAGAUCAACCAAUUAUUCUUUAAACCAAACUUAUUUACCAUCAAAUGAAGAUAUUAAACAAACAUUCAAAGAUUUUAAAUAUAAUCAAGUUAUUUCUUGUGUUGAUUAUUUUCAAGCAUCUUUAUAUAGUCAAUGUCAUAUUUAUUCAUAUCCAUAUAAAUCGAAAUAUUACCAUGAAAUAACAAAUAAUUUUCCAGGUAGAUUAUUUAAAUAUGUUAAUAUAGUAUCAUUAUUUGAUGGUCGUCCAUUUGAACAUGAAUUUUUUCUUCAAAUUGCUCGAUUAUUUCCAUAUAUGAAAAAGUUAACUGUAGAUAAUCGUAAAGCACAAACGAAUAAACAAUGUAGAAAAUCAAAAAAUGAAAAUAUAACAAUCAGUGAAUAUCAUCAUCUCACUCUACUUAGUCUUGAAGCGGCUUAUGAAGAUUAUCUUGACGAAUUUUUACUUGAUACAAAAACAUAUUUAUCCAAUGGUGUUAAUCUUCUUGCUAAUUAUGAAACAUUGAAAAAACAAGCUGAUCAACAUAUAAAUUCACUUAAUAUUAAAUUUCAAGAAAAGGCAGUAAUUACUAAUAAAAUGAAUGAAAAGAUAAUUGCAUGUUUACAAAAUAAUUUAUCUUCAACAGAAAAUAAUUCACGUUUUAUAUCAUGGUGUCGUAAUUCAUUUGCACUACGUGUAAUUGGAACACGUCAAUUUUUAUGUGAUAUUAAAUUUGGAAAGCCUAUUUUGUUAUAUGAAAAUAUGUAUGAUAUAUAUAAAAAGAUUCAUACUGAAACUGCACAUGGUGGUCGAGAUAAAUGUCUCGAUAGUUUACUCAUUAAUUAUAGUUGGUUUAAUAAAGAUUUAUUACAAAUAUUUUUAAAAAAUUGUUCGUCAUGUCAAAAAAGAAAAUCUAUACUUAAACCGAUGUUGUCAAAGCCAAUCAUUGCAUUAGGUUAG